CUUUGUGCACCGCAGCUCACCAUGUCGUCUGUAGAGGCCUCAAGGGCGCAUCUAAAUACGCUUUAUAAGAAGGUAUGCCAAGCGGAGGGGGCUGUGAAAAAGGCGGGGGAAGAAGAGUAUGGAGUACGAGAGAGAGAAGAAGAAAGACGUAGACGUCUGUGGGACGAUAGCGAUGACGAGGAUGACGAAUGGGCGAUUGCACAGGUCGCAAGGGAUCGUGAGCAGUAUCCAGAUGAGCAGGAAGAUGGGUUCGACUUUGAGGCUAAACAGAAGCGUUUGGAGGACGAGCUCCAGAAGGCUAUAUGGGAAGCAACGGAGGCUUAUAGAGCUUUUGUCGCCAAAUUUGAGGCUUGCGUAAAAGAAGACAGCCUAGGAUCACUCGCAGAGUUGCACGACAUGAUGCACUCAAAGUUACCCGUUGAGCUACGAGACAUGAUUUACUGGCACCUCACUGUUCGAGUGAGACAACGCGCCUGCUAUCCGACCAGGCCUGGCCCUAUCUAUGUUCAUCAAGAGACAUACGACCCGAAUUUUCACAGCUACAGAGGUGCCGCAACCGAUAGCGAAUAUAAAACUGCCCUCAUGAUUUUUGAGGAUGGGAACACGGACAGUUUGAAACCUGGUGGCUGGUUGCUGAACCCAGAGUUUGUGGGCCGAGGCAUGGCUCGGGAAAUCGCAGAGAGAUUUUACGCUGUGAAGGACUUUAGCGUUCACGUGUAUCAACUCGAAGAGUUUCUGUUCUCAGACCGUACGGGAACUGGUUUCAAGCCAUGUGAUUACAUUCGAGGACAUAUUAGCGUCUAUGUACCUACGACAUUCUGUAACGGCAAGACCGAGAGGGCGUGGCAAAAUACUGAGAACGAAGUUGCCUUUCUCAAUGGGCUGUAUACGCAGUUGUCUCAUUUGAUGCGUCUCGCCCACAAAUCCCGGCUCACCAUCGAGAUCCAAGUCACUACGUCGGCACCGCUGCGCAUAAAGUAUGAGCAAGGGGAACGGCGUUUCUACAACAUCAUGGAGUCCGUCCGAGCGCCCAUCUACGAUCUUAUCCACGCUGGCGCGAAUGUUAUCGUCAAACACACGAAGGUGUCGAGCAGCACAACGCGCAAUAUAUCCGAAGAGCCUAUGAACUAUUUCCGCAUGAACAAGGAAGCAUGGGAAGCUGAGAGAAAAACUCAUGGCCCAGACUGGAUGCCGUCAAUAAGCUUUAUUGCGAGAGAAGAGCUCGAGGAUGAGGAUGAGGGACGUCGCAGUAUCGCGGAACGUCGGCUUCGAGAGGCUCUGGAGCAGCGAUGGGGGCAUUUACAUUCGAUAGACGCAUACGGCUCCAGAUAGAAGUCUGAGAACAGUGAGUUACCC